AUGUUAGACACCCCCUGCCGAGUGGACUACGAAUUGAAGGUUUAUGUUGUGGACGACGAGGAUACGAGGCCGCAGAAGCGCAACUCAGUGCGCAUGGUUGUGCGGAAGCUGACGUUUGCACCAGACGAAGCAGGUCCCCAGCCGACGGCGGAGGUCGUCCGCGAUUUCCUCAUGAGUCUCGGAAGCCUCCGGGUCGAAGCUUCUCUGGAUAAGCAGUACGUCAUUUCCUUUGUCUACAAACGCUUCGAAGCAAUUGCCAAACUUACCACCGAGCAUCUAAAACCUUCCAAUGGGCCCUGUUGGUUUUCCGCGUUUGUUAAGACGUUCACUCAAACGAGCUUCACGAGGUUACCGAUUGAUGUUUUGCGCACGAGCACGACUGUUAGCCACCCACUUUCCCUCCACACCUCAGCGCCCACUGUACGUGGGUCUGAGGUAAAGCAGUCCGGUGGCUCUUUGCAUUUCCAUGUUCUCUUUCAGAAGUACUUCCAUGGAGAAUCAAUAGUAGUCAACGUUCUUGUGGACAAUAAUUCUACCAAAACUGUCAAAAAGAUCAAAUUAAUUGUCCGGCAGUAUACAGUCAUCUGCUUGCCUAAUGCAAGCCAUUACAAGUGCAACGUCGCCGAAAUUAAUUCCGAGGAAGGCUUCCCGAUUUGGCCUAGUCAGACUGGUUGGUGCAAAGUUUACCGGCUGUGUCCUCUUCUCUCAAACAACCGGGAUAAAUCCGGUCUUGCACUUGACGGGGACCUCAAGAAUGAAGACACCAACCUCGCCUCUUCCACCAUGUGCGGCAUCCCUCCCAACUCCUCUCGUGAGGCCCUGGGCAUCGUUGUUCAGUACAAAGUGAAAAUUCGCCUUGUUCUCGGCUUCGGGUUGAGCGACGUCUGCCUAGAGCUUCCAUUUAUUCUGACUCACCCCAACCCCGAGUCAUCAGCCACAGCAGGCCUCGAAAGCGCCUUGGACGACUUCCACUUUACGGAGGCAGGUCGCGUUGGGGACGAGAGCAGUGGUGGGGAGGGUGCGGAGGGACCCCCCGACGCCGCAGCCCCCAAUGGCGGCGCUGCUGCCGCCGCCACCUUCGGCGCCCGUCCUCAGAUGGGUGUGCUGGCGAAACGGGCGGCCACGGCCACUGGCAGGUCGCCCACCGCUGCGAGUUCGCACAUUGCAGAAUUUCUGCGAGCCUCGGAGAUGCCCGAUGGAAUGGCCGCCUUCGCACCGGCCGUGUCCACGGAGAAUACGGACACGCUUGAGGACUUCCUUGGCAUCCAGUCGAAAAGACGCUCUCCCAGUAGCAAUGGCCUCCACUUUCCCCCGACUUUCGCGGCGCCACCGAGUGGUAACUGUUUUUACCACCCUCAGCCCCCCGCCUUGGGAGAGCCCUCCACCUUGCACCUCGCAACCACCUCCUCACACCACCCCCGCCCUCAGCAGCCGGAGACCGACGAUGAUGACCUCAUCUUCGAGGACUUUGCUCGGCUUCGCUUAAUGCAACAGCAGAAGCAGCAAACCGCCCCUUGA